AGAACUGGGCGGCAGGCGACGGCAAUGGUCCGAAAGACUGCAGCCGCGAGCGGAGAGUCUGAGCCAUGCAGACGGCGGGAGAUCAGCGCUGGAUCAGCCUUCCUCCAACAUGUGCACUCAACUUCAUCUGCUCCAACUAUGAGUAUUGAAUGCCUACUUCAAUCUGUAAAGCCUGAAAUAAAAGUCAGAAAAAUCUAAUGUUUUGAAACAGGACAGUUUAUUGAGUUUAGGCACUCUGUUUUUUGGCCCCUUAUGCACACUUAUGUGUGUUGUAACUUGUGACACAUUCCUCCCAUAACCAUCAUUUAAAGAAAUUCUCUGACAGAUAAAAAGCAAUAAAUAAAACACAUAAGUGUUUUGGGUCUUUUAUUAUUAAUAUUUGUGUAUUUUCAUUGUUCAUUGUUGUGUUUUAUCCAAGAUUUUACAGCAUUAUAUUUUAACGUUUCAAUACAAGUUAAUUUUCAAUACAUUUAACCUGAAGAAAUCCUGUUCCUGUUUGACCUGUUUGAACACACCCAUGUGAUCAUAAACUCCACCCUCUCACAACACUCACCAGGAAGAGACUGACUUAUUUCUCCAUUCUCUCAAACGGACUUUAUUCUCUCUUGACAAAAUCAAUAAAGAAUCAGCGAUCAGUGGAGAACAAAGAGGAAAAACUUCAAGAAGGAUUUUUGUGAAGUUAGUUUCUGAACAGAAAGCAGAUCCUUGAGAUUCAUUUUUGGAACCGUCAUUCAGAAAGUGAAAGUAAAGUUUAGACUGCUGGAGCUCAAACAGUGAAAAUGGCUUCAGCAGCUGAAGAUGAUUAUAUUUGUCCUGUAUGUCAUGAAAUCUUCAAGACUCCUGUUCUUCUAUCAUGUAGUCACAGUUUCUGUAAAGAGUGUCUUCAACAGUUCUGGAGAACCAAGAAAACUCAGGAGUGUCCUGUCUGCAGGAGAAGAUCCUCAAGAGAUGAACCUCCAUUUAAUCUGGCAUUAAAAAACUUGUGUGAGUCGUUCCUGAAGGAGAGAAAUGAGAGGCGUUCAUCAGGAUCUGAGGAGAUCUGCAGUUUACACAGUGAGAAACUCAAACUCUUCUGUCUGGAGGACAAACAGCCUGUGUGUGUAGUGUGUAUGAAUUCACAGAAACAUGACAAUCAUAAAUUCAGACCCAUCAGUGAAGUGGUUUCAUCAUACAAGGAGGAGCUCAAUACAGCACUGAAGUCUUUACAAGAGAAACUUCAACACAAUGAAGAAAUGAAAGUCUCAAGCUGAGCACACAGAGCGUCAGAUUAAACAGCAGUUUGAGAAGCUUCAUCAGUUUCUCAGAGAUGAAGAAGAAGCUACAAUCACUGCUCUGAGGGAGGAAGAGGAGCAGAAGAAGCAGAUGAUGAAGG